CUUCUUCCGGCCAGGCGAGCAGUGCGAUAAGGUCGAUAAGGUCCUAACAGCUAACUACUGCUUUAAAUAACCUCGCUAAACAGCGACUGGCAUGGUUAAGUAAAGGUUUGGUUAGCUUGUGAUCAUUUCAAGUUUUUUUUUCAUCCUUCUGGGAGGAACAUGACUCUGACGGCCACAUCUACCUCACACAAGACCAGCAUCUUGAGUAAAUUCGACCGUCUCAGGAAGCGGGACGUCCUGUGCGACAUCACCCUGCUGGUGGAGGACGAGCACUUCCGGGCUCACAAGGCCCUGCUGGCGGCGAGCAGCGACUACUUCUCCCUACUCUUCACGGCCGACGACCAGCUCGGUGGCUGCGGCGACGCCACCUACCGGCUGGAUGGUGUGGAGGCCACCAUGUGCAGGGCCGUGCUGGAGUUCAUCUACAGCGCUCAAGUGUGCGUGGAGGAAGACGCCGCCAGGCAGCUCCUGGCCGUCGCUCGACUGCUGCAGGUGGGCGACCUUGUUGACAUGCUGCUGCCUGCACUCGGUGAGGGGGUGGAGCCAAAGCCAGCGGAGCAGACACCGUCAUCAAGGACCAAAAGAGGGCGACCAAAGACAACUGUGGUGGCAAGGAAGGCACGAGAAGAAGAUGAUGAUGAUGAUGCUGUUGAAGGAGCAUCUGAACAUGAAGAGCAGCCCAGUCGGCGGAGGAGACGCAAGAUCGCCCCGCCUCUGAAGUACAGCGUCUUCAAGGUGGGUGCUGAUGCUUCAGGAGAAGGAGGAGGAGAGCCGGCGAGGAGAGGCAGGAAGAGGAAGUACCCCGACACGGAGGCGAGAUGUGGAGACUGUGACAAGGUGUUCAAGAGCCAUGUCUUCCUGAAGAUACACCGGCGCACUCACACAGGUGAGAAGCCUUUUGUGUGCCAGGUGUGCGGGGCGGCGUACACCCAGAAGCACACACUGCUGGUCCACCAGCACAAGCACACCGGAGAGACGCCGUUUGUGUGCAGCGUGUGCGCCAAAGCCCUCGCCACCAAACACAGCCUGCAGGAGCACAUGAACCUCCACCGAGAAAAGAAAUCCUUCUCCUGCGACAAGUGUGGGAAGAGCUUCACUCAGCAGAGGCAGCUGAAAAGUCACUACCGAGUCCACACAGGCAAGUCCUUAGUGGAGUGCGCUCAGUGUCAGCGCAAAUUUUUGGACACGGCUCAGCUGAAAAGGCACCUGCGCACUCACACGGGUGAGAAGCCGUUCACGUGCGAGAUCUGCGGGAAGUGUUUUACCGUCAAGAGCAACUUGCAGACUCACAUCAGGAUACACAGAGGUGAGAAACCGUACAGCUGCCACGUGUGCGACAAGUCCUUCUCGGACACCAGCGCCAGACGCCGCCAUGUCGCCUCCCACUCGGGAAAGAAGCCGUUCACCUGCUCAGAGUGCGGCCAGGCCUUCACGCGUCUGGACAACCUGAAAAAGCACGUCAACUCGCACAAAAAGGAGAGAGCAUCGCCGGCCCAAGAGGCCCCGCCCCAAGAAGAGGUCCGGAAGUACCAUCUGACGCCGGCCUCGGAGCAGGACUUCCGGCUGGUGGUGACAGGGGACGACAUGGCCUUCGUCCCGGGUCAGGCCCAGGAGAUCAGCAUCAUCGCCUCCGAGGAAGCGUCAGCCCAGUCUAGACCCCUGACGCCGCAGAGCGACCACGCCCCCCACAUCCAGAUGAUCAGCAUGCUGGAGGGUGCGGCGGCGCCGCACGUUGAGCCCAUGCACGUCAUCACGCUGAGCAAAGAGGCCGUGGGGCACCUGCACGAUCAGCACGGCCCGCCGCAGCCUCUCCACGGGGCGCACAGCCGCGCCCAACAACAGCAGCAGGAAACGCCGCAGCAGCACGCUCGGGCCAUCCACGUCAGCAACCAGGGGUGCCAGCCCAUCUCCAUCAGCCAGACCAGCGAGCACAUGUCCAGCCACCACAUCCACGGACACACCUUCCAGAUACAAGCCGGGACCGUCUCCUGCCUCUACGCCACCGCCGGACCGUUGUCGCCGAGUCCACAGAGCUGAUGCUGGCCUGGCCUAGCUUGGCCUGGCAGCUCCAACACAGCUGGUAAACAUCCACUCGUACAGCCACUUACUCUGUUGCACUUGGUUGAAACACCUUGAAGUAGUUCCAACGUUUUAUACUGCAAUACUUCUUUUGCUGGCACAAACAAUAGAACACGUUAUACGAUGAAAUAAAGUUUAUUCAACGUGGAACACAAGGCUGCUUUAUUUUACUAACAACACUUUGAUUUCAUUAAUAACGUUCUUUUUAAGGCUUUUUCAAGUAAUUAAGCUUCCAAGUUGGGGUUAGAAGGAAUGAUUGAAGUCCAACAGAAUAAUACUAUUACAUUCCUAUGACCCGUUUCCCACAGGACUACUAUCUAUAUGUGGUGGUGGGUUAGGAUUUCAUUGUACGAUUUGCAUAAUUCAUUUUUAUACAUGCUAUGGACACACCUGGCAACAUUUGGAAAGUAUGGGAAAUUCUUCUUUUAUUUUCUGGAGUGAUUUUUAUAUAUAUUUUUAAAACGUAUGACAGAUAAAUAAUA